AUGGCCAUUGCCAUGUGUCCGCUCGGGGGUGCAAUUGGUGGAAUCGAGGCCCAGCGGGUGAGCUCAGCCUCCAGCCCCCUCCCCUCCCCGAGUUGUGCUAAGACCCGGCUCAAGGUCACCCCCCAUCACAGGACGGGCUUUCCGCCUGACCAGCAGCCUCCUCGGACCACCCGGGAGGCCCCCGGUCGUCUCACAGGCGAGAGCCCGGGUGCGGGCCCCGAGACGCCCACCCCAGCCCCGCCGCGCAGGGUGCCCGUGUCCCGGAUGCUCUCGCUGCCCAAUGACGGCUACAUGUUCCGGCCCGUGGCGCCCGCCGCCCCCCAGGCGCACCCGCUGCAGGAGGCGGAGACAGAGGCCCUCAUGGGGGCAGCCCCCUCAGGCUCGGCCCACCCUGUCCGCUCGUGGCCUGUGGAGUCCCGCGCCUCCCUCCGUCUCCCGCUAGAGUCCUCCCCGGCCAGGGGCAGCGACCCCCUGCAGGCCCCGUCCCCUCGGGGCAGGUCCCGCUCCCCCAGCCUGAGCCGGCCGCUGUGCAGACAGGAGGCCGUGCACACUGACUCCCUGGACGGACAGGCAGACGGCUGUGGGGAGCCCGCGGAGAAGGCCCCGACCAGGCCGGCGUCCCUGGGGGCCUCCCCGCCCCGCUCCCCGCGGCCUGGCAGCGUGCGCACCCGCAGACACGCACUCGGACAGCGCUGUGGCCCCAGCCGGCCACAGGCCCCGGAGCCCGCAGAGGCGGAGGCUGCAGACCCCGCGGACGAGGAGGUCCGGCACAUCACCAGCUCCGCCCGGGCCUGGCCGCCCACGCCCUCCCCGGCGGCCCCCGGCACGCGGCCCCCAACCCGGCUCCACGGUGUGGACGCCCAGGGCUUCCUGGACACUCCGGGCCGGGCCUCUGCGGAGCCCAGCGUCGAGGCCGCGGAGGCGAAGGCCCGGGCCCCGGAGGCCGAGGCAGGCCUGGGAGCACGGCGGAAGAAGAAGAUGAGCCCCCCCUGCAUCUCCAUCGAGCCCCCCGCGGAGGACGACGGCCCCGCCCGGGCACCCGCCACGGAGGGCAGCAGCACCACGCUGCGGCGCCGGACCCCGUCCUGCGAGGCCGCCCCACCCAGGGACUCGCUGGAGCCCCCCGAGGGCCCGGGCGCCAGCGCGGAUCCCGCAGCCAAGGGGGAGCGGCGAGGCCAGACCACCGGCCGCGUGGAGCUCCUGACCGUCCCGGACUUUGCCUUCGAGCCGCUGGACAUGGGGGAGCCCAGUGGAGACUCCUUCUCCAACAGUGGCCAGGGCGUGGCCCCAGAAACCAGAGCUUCCUCCUCAGGGGCCAUGGAGCCCCCCAAAACAGGGCCUCCCGUGCCCCUGGGCGACCCCCCAGAGAAGGGGCAGGGGCUGUUCCUCUCGGCCCCCCAGAGCCCCCUGAAGACGGCCGGGCCCCCCCUGGCUGCUCCCACCCCAGAUGAUGGUGUAGACGAGCCUGUGUAGCUCUGGGAUCACUGCCAGCAAGGGCGUCGGUGCUGGGCCUGCGGGGCGUCCAUGGGGGUGGCUCCCUCGGCUUGGGCCCCUCGGGUGGACCGUGCGCCCCGGGGAGGAGCAGCCACGGGCCGAGCGGGCGGCGCUUUUCCUCUGCAGAGAGAGACAGGAGGCCGCCUCGCUGCCUCCUCCGGUUUGGGGUGUCCCGGUUUUCGCCGUGGUCGAGGCCAAGUGCUGGGGUCCGCAGGUCCAAGCAACUGCACCAAGGGGUCCCGCAGCCAAGCCCCACCCCGCGCCUGGGUCUCCUGAUGGUGCCCCUCACGCCGGGACCCGCACCUCACUACCAAGUUGUAGCCAGUGCAAUACGCGGCCGGUCCCGGGGCCCGGCGGGACCUGCCAGCUGACGCCCCUGUUUCCUCCCGUUUGAUAAAUUCAGGUUAAACGUUGCAAUAAUCUGAUGCAGAAGACUGGGCAUCUCGAGUCCAGGGGAAGGGAGAGCGGAGAGAAUAAACGUUAACUUAUUUAA